AUGGUCUUCCACCCCAAACCCAUCACCCUGUCCCCCCGAGGCCACCGCCUCGCCACGGGUCCAGCGUCGACCAUGCGCGCCAUGUUCGAGCAGAUUAUGCUCGAUCAGUAUGAUCCAGACAAAAACCCAGACGGCAUCCCGCCCGAACCCUCACGCCCGACCAACUCGGCUACGGCGAGGCACAUGAACAAGCAUUUCCAUCCGCACAUGCCCAUCACCGAGCGGGAGCUGCUGAUCGCCAACGGCGUGGGCCCGACGUGCGAGAUGCUGGGGUUCUGUCUGUUUGAUCCUGGGGAGGGGCUGUUGAUGGGUCGGCCGAUUUAUCAGUCUUUUGAGGAGGGAUUUGGGACCAGGGCGGGGGUGAGGGCUGUGUGGGUGGGGUUUCCCGAGCGGGUGGAUCAGUUUGCGCCCGAGUGUGUGGGGGUUUAUGAGGAGGCUUUGCGGAAGGCGCAGGAGGAGGGGGUGGUGGUGAGAGCGUUGUUGCUGUGUAAUCCGCACAAUCCGUUGGGGAGGUGUUAUCCGAAAGAGACGAUCGUGGCGCUGAUGAGGUUUUGUGCCAUGUAUGGGUUGCAUCUUGUGGCGGACGAGGUGUAUGCUGUGUCGGUGUAUGAGGAGGAGGCUACCUUCACCAGUGUGAUUUCGUUCGACUGCAGCGAGUACAUCGCGCCGCAGUACGUCCACGUCAUGUAUGGCUUGUCCAAGGACUUUGCGGCUGGCGGGUUGAGAGUCGGUUGUCUGUACACGGUCAAUCAGGAACUUUGGAUGGCAAUGAGCGCCAUCACGAUGUUCGUGUGGAGUGGAGCUGUUGAUGGGAUUGUUGCAACGGAGAUUCUGGAGGAUGAAGAGUGGUUGGAGGGGUUCUUUGCAGAGUCCAAGAAGACAUUGAAGAGCAGGUUUAAGUUGACGAAGCAACUUCUGAGGGAGAGAGAUGUUGGGUGGUAUGAAGGCUCAUGUGCUGGUUUCUUUCUGUGGGCAGACUUCAGUCGAUAUCUGUCGAGUGUGGGGAAGGAGGACUUUGAGACAGAGAUGCGGCUGUUCGAGAAAUUUGUGAAAUCGAAAGUUGUGAUCAUUCCUGGAGGUAUGUUGCGAUGUGAGGAGCCAGGCUGGUUCCGCAUCAUGUUUGCACAGGAUGGGCGGAUACUGAGGGAAGGGAUGAAGCGGGUGUUCCAGACUUUGGAUGAGCUGACCGAAUCGCCGGCGAGAUGA